UCGGUACUUGCUUUGCGCCAUGCGUACCUGCUUUGCGCCCCUCGCAGCCAGGGAGAAGCUGGGGCCCGGGGCGGGGUGCUCUGGGCAAUACGGUUUGAUGCCCAGGAGGACAGAAGGCCUAGCACUUCCCUGUCUCCCCGACGCAAGUACUGAGUCGCCUGGCCGCAGUUUCUCCCUCCGAAAAAGGGAAGACGUAGAGCAGCUGACAGAAGAGCAGAAAAAUGAGUUCAAAGCAGCCUUUGACAUCUUCGUGCUGGGCGCUGAGGACGGCUGCAUCAGCACCAAGGAACUGGGCAAGGUGAUGAGGAUGCUGGGCCAGAACCCCACCCCGGAGGAGCUGCAGGAGAUGAUUGAUGAGGUGGACGAGGAUGGAAGUGGCACAGUAGACUUCGAGGAGUUCCUGGUCAUGAUGGUUCGGUGCAUGAAGGAUGACAGUAAAGGGAAGUCUGAAGAGGAGCUAUCUGAUCUCUUUCGCAUGUUUGACAAAAACGCUGAUGGCUACAUUGACCUGGAUGAGCUGAAGGUGAUGCUUCAGGCUACUGGCGAGACCAUCACAGAGGACGACAUCGAGGAGCUCAUGAAGGACGGCGACAAGAACAACGAUGGCCGCAUCGACUAUGACGAAUUCCUGGAGUUUAUGAAGGGAGUGGAGUAGAUGCCGACCUUCGCCCAGAGCUGCAGUACCACCUUUCAACUCCCGCUGGGCCCUGGGGUGGAGCAUGGGGCCAGGGUCCCCAGGAUGUGAUCCUGGCCGUGUCCUUGACUGAGGGUCCUCCCUGGCUCCCUCCCCAGCCCUGUCCUAGGGAAUACAAAUAAAACCCUGCUCCCUGGA